AUGGUUGCUUGGGGGCUCGUCAUGACCUUGACUGGGAUUGUGCAGAAUUAUUCUGGUUUGUUAGCUGCUCGGUUUUUCCUUGGAGUGACAGAAGCGGGACUUUUCCCUGGUCUGGCUUUUUACGUUUCCCUAUGGUAUCCUCGGAAGAACUCGCAGUUCAGACUAGCACUCAUCUUCGCAUCUGCUUCGAUGGCCGGUGCAUUUUCCGGUCUAUUGGCCUACCUCAUCAGUAAGAUGGAUGGUGUUGGUGGACUAGAAGGCUGGCGAUGGAUUUUCAUCCUGGAAGGGCUGUUGACCGUGGUUGUUGCGGUCUUUUCUUUCUUUCUUGUUUGGGAUGAACCUGCAACUGCGGCUUUCCUCUCGGAGCACGAGAAGAGAAUUUUGCUGGAUGCUUUGAACUAUACCCAGACUGAGACGUCGACAGCACCUCAGCUUGGAAAUAAGCAUUCUUUUAAAUGGAAACAUUUUGUAGAUGCGCUUCUCGAUUGGCAGACAUGGUUCCAUUGCCUCGGGUACUGGGGAAUGGCCUGCUCUGUAUAUGCACUAUCCCUAUUCCUACCAACAAUCAUCAAAGGUCUUGGCUACUCAGCUGCCCUGGCCCAGCUCCUAACAAUCCCCGUCUACGCAGCAGCGACAAUAUCCUGCAUCCUAGUCGGCUACUACUCCGACAAAACCGGUCAAAGAAGUUUCUUCACAUUCGCCUGCUACACCGCCGUCUUUGUGGGAUUCCUUAUCGCCGUCGCUCCAGCACGCUUUAUUCCCGGUCUGACAUAUGCGGGCUGUUUCAUUGCCGCGUGUGGCAUGUACCCGGCUAUCCCCGGUCUUCUGACCUUGUCCUCGAAUAAUUGGGCACCUGAUGCUAAGCGUGCUUGCUAG